GUUGCCUCUCUCCAAAAGGAAGUCGCCGAGACCAAGAAUCACAUCACUGACCAGGCUACUAGAGCACAGCAUUUGGAGCAAGAAAAGGCCCAAUUACAAAGUGCAUUAUCUGCUGCCGAAAAUUGCAAUAAAACUCUACUCACUCAGCACGAGAAAGAAAUCCUCCAACUCAAAGGUGACUCUGAAGCCAACGAAACACGCCUGGCAGGUCAGGUGCAAGACCUUCAAUCGCAACUGCAGGAAAAUUCAGACGAGCUGAACCGUCUUCGCAUUUCAGUAGAUGACCUCAACUCUCGGAAUGCUUCUUCUGCAGCCGAGAUUUCCCAAUUGACCAGUCGUCUGUCGGAGACUUCGUCCAAACUGGAGGCGUCAGAGGCCUCUCUGGCGUCCGCGACGCAGGAGGUGACUAAUCUCCGGCAGCAGUUGGCUACCGCCCAACAAACUGCGCAGUCGAAUGAAUUUCUCUCAGAGGGCCAUCUACGAGCACGGGGUGAUGAGAAAGAGAGCCUCCAAAGUCAACUCCAGCUUCUACGGUCUGAGAAAGACACCCUGGAGGAGUCCAAAUCCCAACAGACUUCCGAGAUUGUAAGUAGUAUGCGAAUAUUAAAUAUUUUUGAUUUGUACGCGUCUAACCUGCCCGCCAACGUUGGUGGUGCCAUGGCGCCAGAGUAG